GGCGGAAGAAUGUUGGCUACCAGCGUGUUUAGCCUGGUUGGCAAGCGAGCGCUUUCCACCUCAGCGUGCGUGCGAGCACAUGCACACGGAAGUGUUGUGAAGAGUGACGACUUUGCUCUCCCACGUUAUGUUGAUCGGCGUGACUACCCCCUGCCUGAUGUGGCCCAUGUCAAGCACCUGUCUGCCAGCCGGAAGGCCUUGAAAGAGAAGGAGAAGGCCUCCUGGAGCAACCUCUCCCUGGGUGAGAAAGUCCAGUUGUAUCGCAUUAAGUUCAAUGAGAGCUUCGCUGAGAUGAACAGGGGCACAAACGAGUGGAAGACGGUUGUGGGCACUGCCAUGUUCUUCAUCAGGGGCCACGGGGGCCGG